UUUGUGGAAUUUUUGAAAUUUGAGGAAUAAGAUGCCUUUUUAAGGCAAUAAAUUAUACAAAUAGAGAGGGCGUAAGACGUUACCGAUUUUUAAAUCUCUUUGACCAUCUGCUAAUUUUUAAUUCUAGUUUUUACAUCUAGGAGAAUUGUGAAUAAUACCAACUGUUCUUAAACUCUUUAAUGCCAUGUCUUAAAUGCCAGUAUUUGCUGCUGAAGACAAAUAUGAAAAGUAGAAUGAAAAUAAUAGAAUGCACUGUUUAUUAUUUCUUCAAAAUGUAAAGAAAGACUACAUAAUGCAGUUAUAGAGGAAAAAAGGGCAUGUAUCUCAGAUGUGCCUUUUGAUUUUGCAGACUAUUGUUCUUAGCUAAUGAGUUGCCUAUUGUUUUGGAAAACAGUAAAUAUGACAUGUAUGUACAUUUUGUUUAUAUUGUACAAAGAUAAUGCUAAUAACCUAUAUAAAUUUAAGUGACUUGAGGUCUAUAAUACAAUCUGCUACUUUACUAAUUGAUAAAUUCAGAGAAGUUUCCUAUUAGGAACCAACUGCCUUGCCUUCAGAAUUUAGUAACUUUCUCUAUUGAUCUCAUGUUAAUUGAAAUUAAAAAAAUUUUUUUUAAGAUUGGUAAUAACUAAACCAGCAAAUACUUAAAAGCUUUAUUAAACUUUUUGAUCAGAAGAAUAAAACUUUUAAUUGCCAUUUGGACACCAUUGUGAAAGCGAUGAAAAGCGUGUUCUGCUGAUAGUGUCGUAGCAGCAGUUGUAAAGUAGCCAAAAGCCACGUUGUUUAUUUACUGGUCUGUGGCCUUUUACUGUGCUUUGUAUCAGAGUUCUUAACAAGAUUAAUAAAUCACCCCAGUCUUAAUUUUUAAAAGACUUUUAAAAGAUGUGUUUUUAUUACAAGGAACAAAGGGGGAAAAGUGUUGAGUCCUGUGGAGAGACACACAUAAUUUUCAGUAUUUUUGCGCAACUUAAGUUACAUAAUCUCAAAUAAUUAAAGUGAUGUAAAUUUUAAAGGGAUAAUUUUGUCUUCACUGUCAAACACAAGCGACAAGCUUCCAGCAACUAUUUUUAUGGAUUCAUAUAGAAAAACCUAGGAGCUUGCUAGGAAACUCCUGAGGAUUGCUUCCAAUGUAGGUAGGCUCUUGGAAGCUGUCCGAAUUUAAUGAAGGCCAAUAAAAACUGUGUGAAUCAAUCUCCGACUUCAUCAGAACACUGUGGUGGGUUUGAUUUUUAAAGAAUAAAUCAUAAUGCUACGUGUUAAGGCAAAGUGAUUUGAAGUGCCCGUUCAUUAAAUCAAACGUGACAUAGGAGAGUGACAGGCCAUCCUAUGCUCACGGGAAGUGCGUGACUCAGCUCCCGGCCACGCUGGGGUGACGAGACUUUUGAGUGCUUUUGUUAACUCGCGCACGCGCGGUGGCGCCAACUCGCCACUAGGAGGCGUGGGCUCCUGGCCGGGCGGGGCCGCCGGUGUGUGCGCAUGGUUGUGACGUCAGUGCAUGCGCCGCAUCUUGUUGCCGGGCAGCGAUGGCCGCUACGCUGGAGUCUCCGAUGGAGGACCCGCUGCGGAGCUUUGUGCGAGUCUUGGAGAAGCGGAACGGCACAGUGUUACGAUUCCAGCAGUAUGGCUCCGGCGGCGUUGGUUGUGUUGUUUGGGACGCUGCCAUUGUCCUUUCGAAAUAUUUGGAAACGCCCGGGUUUUCUGGCGACGGCGCUCACACUCUGAGCCGGCGGUCUGUGCUGGAGCUGGGUUCUGGUACCGGGGCGGUGGGACUCAUGGCCGCUACGCUCGGGGCAGACGUUGUAGUCACCGAUCUUGAGGAAUUGCAAGACUUGCUGAACAUGAAUAUUAAUAUGAACAAACAUCUUGUCACUGGUUCGGUUCAAGCCAAGGUACUGAAAUGGGGGGAAGAAAUAGAAGAUGUUCCUUCUCCACCAGACUACAUACUGAUGGCAGACUGCAUAUACUAUGAAGAGUCUUUGGAGCCAUUGCUGAAAACUCUAAAAGAUCUCAGUGGACCCGAGACUUGUAUUAUUUGUUGUUAUGAACAACGAACAAUGGGGAAAAAUCCAGAAAUUGAGAAAAAAUACUUUGAGCUCCUUCAACUAGACUUUGACUUUGAAAAAAUUCCUUUGGAAAAACAUGAUGAAGAAUAUCAAAGCGAAGAUAUUCAUAUUAUAUACAUCAGAAAGAAAAAAUUGGUAAAUACAUUCCCAGUUCUUCAGUUUCUGAGGAGAUUUUUUCAUCAGCUGCACAUUAUCUGGACUUAUGUCUGUGUAGGCCUUGAUUCUGAUGUGGAGAAACAGCUAUGAUGUUUCACUGGACUCAGAAAUGUCCAUCAUGAGAAUUUAGAUGUCUCACCCAAGCCUUUAACAAUCCGGAUAAACUAAAGAUGUGAACGGAGCCUGUGAAUACAGCAUGGGAAGAUUGUGUUCACUGAAUUUUCCAGCAUGUCCUUCAAGAUCGAUACAUAGAUGACAACCAUCAUGAGCUGCCUGCAGUAUGAAAACUAACUGCCUGCCUGCCUGCCUGCCUGUCAAGGGCCCUGAAAUCCAACUUAGGUUACUUAGCUCAGCAUCAAGUUCUGUCUAAAACAAACAUUGGGAAUUGGUCAUUCAAAUAAAAGUUGUUAUGAAAGUUAGCUGCAAAUCUGCCAAAAAUAUGAAGCAGCAUUGUUGACUUGACAUACGUUUAGGAGACUGGAGAUAAAGUGAUUGAAUUUGUAAAAAGAGAUACUUAUUAACUACAGUUGACCCUGGAGCAAUGCAGGUAUUAGGGGCGCUGACCCCCUCAAUCAAAAUUUGGUGUCUUUUGACUCCUUCAAAACUUAACUAUUAAUAGCAUAAUGUUAAUAUUGACUGGAAGCCUUACCAAUGACAGUCAGUUAACACAAUAUUUUGUAUGUUACUUGUAUUAUAUACUUUAUUUUUACAAUAAAGUAAGCUGGAAAAAAAAUCUUAAAAUCAUAAGAAAGAGAAAAUGAAUUUACAAUAUAUAUUGAAAAGAUUUACUUAUAAGUGUACCCAUGCAGCUCAAAACUGUUGUUCAAGGGCCAACUGUAUAUAAAAAUGUUUUAAAUUCAAAUCAGUAAAUUUUAGUUAGACUAAAAGAUAAAUAAGGGUUUUCAUUUUGUACUUAAUGCAGUAGUUUUUAUCAUAUGUGUCUCCUACUUUCUUUUAAAAUACCUUUAAACAUCCUUUUACUUUAAAAAAAAAAUGUUGCCUUAUAAACUUAGAUUGGCCAAAGUUUUGUUCUUUUCCUCCAUCAUACAUUCUGUGUGGUUUAAAUAGUAAGUUGUACUAUAGUGAGUUGCUAAGAAAACCAAUCAGGAGAUGGGAGAAACAAAAGGUAUCUUUAUAAUGUUUUUCAUUUGAGAAUGAAAUAAGCAUAGAAAUUCAUUUUCAGGUUUAUGAACUUAUGUGGUUAUGUACUUUUCUUCAUGGAAAAUCUGGCUUAAAACACAGUGGUAUUAAGUUAACUUGUCUACAUGAAACAGUGAAAAAGUUUUGAAUACAAAUGUAAUUUUGUAUACAUUUACCAAAUGAU